UACGCAGUCCUCAUGAGAUUCUGUUGUCAGACGAUGCACUUCAUGUCGCCUGGGGUUCUUGCUUCCAACGCGCCUGGCCGCAUGCAAGCCGCGAUGUGCGGUUCACAAACCAUAUAUCUAGGCAUGUCUCCUGAGCCUCCACUUCUUCAUUUCUUCGACCUGCAGGAGCUUCCAAGACUGUAUCGCGCAAGCCUCGUUUGAUCAGAAUGGCCCCUCAAGAGAACCAGAUCGUGGUUGGCACCCAACGAGGAGAUACAACAAUCGAUGUCCAAAAGCUCCUUGGCCAGCCAUGGUAUCGAUACAAACAUCUACGGAAGCUUUAUGGCUGGCUAUGCGUUGUCCUCAUCGUCCAAGCGACUAACGGCCUUGAUGGUUCGAUCAUGAAUGGCAUGCAAACACUCACUUACUGGCAAUCCUACUUUCACCAUCCAACUGGAGCACAACUGGGUAUCUUCAACGGCACGCAGGGACUCGGAGGAGUCAUCUCACAGUUCUUCCUGUGGUGGCUUGUCGAAAGGAUUGGACGCAAGCUCGUCAUCAUUUCUGGUGCUGUCAUCAUUAUCAUCGGCGUAUUCCUGCAGUCUUUUGCUCAAGGGAUCGCCAUGUUCGCAGUAGCCCGCUGUGUCAUUGGCCUGGGUCUAAGCUUCGAAUAUACUGCAGCACCAAUGCUUGUAUCUGAGCUUGCACACCCUACUCAUCGGGCGCAAUUGUCUACUCUACUGAACACCUUGUACUACUUUGGUGCUACCAUCGCAGCUUGGGUCACUCUAGGCACUCUAUCCAUCAAGAGUGAUUGGAGCUGGCGAAGCGUCUCGUUGAUCCAGAUGUUUCCUUCCCUCAUAUCACUCAGUCUCACCUGGUGGGUCCCCGAAUCCCCUCGCUGGCUCGUGUCCAGAGGUCGCAACGAGGAAGCACUCAAAACGCUGAUCGAUGUACACUGCGGCGGCAACGAGGCCGAUCCCCUUGCACGAUUUGAAUACAACGAGAUCGUUCAGACCCUCGCAUAUGAGAAAGAGAAUGGCAGCCGCAGUUGGUUUGACCUUAUCCGUACACCUGGUAAUCGUCAUCGUACAUGGGUCGUCUUCACCUGCGCUAUCGCAAGCCAAGCAACCGGUCAAACGAUCAUCGGGUACUACCUCGUCGUUAUCCUCUCAGGCAUUGGGAUCACUAAUCCCAGGACACAAAGCAUCAUCAACGGCUGUCUGACCAUGUGGAACAUGGGCUGGGCAUUCUGGGGUGCUUAUGUCAUCGACAAAUUCGGUCGUCGCCGCAUGAUGCUUACUUCUUUAACUGGCAUGUUACUGGCGGGUUUUCUGCCUUGGACGAUCUGCAGUGCUCUCGAUGUCCAGCAUGGCCUUAAAAACGCCGGGCCACCUGUCAUAGCAUUCAUUUUCAUCUUCAAUGCAUUCUACGCAUCAACUUGGAAUGGCAUUCUGACAGGCUACACGGUGGAAUGCAUGAGCUACGACAUCCGACCCAAGCUCAUCUGCACUCAAAACUUGCUCGUGCAGGCCACCAUUACUGGUUUCAACUAUCUCAAUCCAGUAGCCCUGAAAAACAUUGGAUGGAAAUAUUACCUGAUUAUCAACCUCAUCAUUGUCCUGGUCAUUGUCAUGGUAUAUUUUACCUAUCCGGAGACCUCGAAAAUUACGCUGGAGGAAGUAAGUGUGAUCUUCGACGGCAAGCACGCUGUCAAGAAUGAUAUCCUUGCGAAACAAGGGGUAAAUAUGGGCGAGGAAGAUGCUGUUGGUGGAAGCGAACAAAAGGCGGUGGAAGUUUAUGAGCAUGUGGAGAAGUGAAGCUCAAGUCCGAAUGGCAAGAACUUGCAACUCUCGGUCGUUGCGAAUGUCAUUGAGAGCAACGACAUGAUCCAUUGAUGCCCGUGAGUGGCGGUUUUGUGAGCACUGACAACUG